GCAUUCACUCGUUUUAGGGGUUGUUAUUUACCAUAGCGCUUCCAAGCGUGCGGGUUUGGUGUUUGUCUCGUGCGCAUCAUUGCGGCGUGCUUCGUUGUUGCGAGAUAUCAGGCACAUUUGUGCGGUGCAUCGGGAUUGCUCCCGUUCUAAAUAACAAACGAUUGCCCGUUUGUGUAAGGGAAAAAAUACCUCAUGACGGUGCAUGCCUAGCGGAGACCAUUUCUGGGGGUGCAUCCGUGAUAUAUAAUAGUGCCGGGCUAGAAACGAUUUUGUGAAAAAGCGCGCGCGUGUCUAUUUUUCUGCCCGUACAUCAUCGCAUCAUCCCCCAGAGUUGUCCACGGAAAUCGAAACAAUUGUGUUUGGUGCUGUGGUGCGCGUCUCUCAAACGUCCUGUGCCUUGGUAGGGGAAGUAGCUGCACAUACGGUUAAUUAUUCACGGCUAAUGCAUUUCCUUUCUUUGUGGUGGCAAUAAUUGCAAUACAUGUUCAGUUUGGCUGUGUGGAAAACGGUGUGUGAUUUUGUGUGUUUUAAACAAAAAAGGGGUGAAAAAGGGAGAGGGAAUUCCAAAUUUUGCCGAAAGGUUCGCAAAGGUACGAAAGUAUGCCCGUAGUGAUUGAGGGUAAUUUUCGGCAACCGCCAACGCCAGCAGCAGCAGCAUCUUUACAGGCAUCGCCCACCACCACAUCUAGAACGAUGUCACCGGACGUCUCGGAAGCGGCCUCCAUCGCUAUGAUAGAAGUGUCGGGAUCAUCGUCCAAUCUUCCCGAUGCAUUCGUCGGCGAUAGCACGUUUAUCAACGGUUCCGGUACGGCGAAUGGUGGUGGUGGUGGUGGUGGUUUGCUGCAUCCCUGGAAUGGGACGGUUCCGGACAUCUCGAGGUCUCCCUCGGUCGGCGAUACGUUCGUAUCGGCGGCUGCCUCUUCCGACAUGCCGUAUCCAUCGUCAUUCUCCGACUGUACGGACGAUUCCGAUUCUGGUCCGGACGAGGAGGUAGCUGAAAGGACCUCCUUUGCGUACAUCACGACUGCCACAAUCACCGUCAGUGGUAGCAAUAAUUCGAUCGAUCCAUCGGACGUGACGGCCGGUGCGAAUUUUCUGCAGCCACCGUCCAAUCGGUUGAAUUCCGCUGGUCCUGCAUUACCGGUGCAAACUACACCGGAAACGUUUCUACAGCAGGGUCCACUUUCCCCAGGUCAAGGCCCAUCGUCAUCAUCAUCAUCAUCGUCGUCAGCAACGACAUCUAUUUCCGUGACGAUCGCUUCGGUUGGUGAUGACACAACCGAUCGGGAGCUAAACGAAUCCCAUGUCAGUGUUAAGAUUGUCCCGGAAAAGAAGGGACUCUUUCUGAAGCAUUCCGAGUACGAGAUCAAGCUGAAGGGUAUGGAGAAAACAGUGCGCCGGCGAUACAAGGAUUUCGUCACACUUCAUCGCUACCUGGCGGAAAAGUAUCCAUAUCGACUCCUACCAGCGCUGCCACCGAAGCAGCUGAUGCUGGACUCGCUGCUCGAGGAACGCCGUCGAGGAUUGCAGACAUGGCUUAUCAUCGUGUCGCUGCAUCCCGUGCUAGGCAACUCCCCAAUCGUUAGUACCUUUCUGCGCGAUACCACCACCGAUCAUCAGUACCGGUUGCGAGUGGCGUACGAGAAGCAAAUGGACGAGCUAGUUCGACUCCGUCCCGACGCUACGCUCCCCGAUGCGGACGUCGACUGGCUAGCCGAAGCACGAACACGUUUGCGACGCGUCCAGCACAGCAUGGGACGGUUAAAGCAACUGUUCGAUCGACGAUUAUGUCAUUCCCAGCGACAACCAGCGGAAUGUGCCGAAAUUGAUCGCAUCUUGCAAAGCAACGAGUUGCGUGAUGUAUUUACCGAGGACGGUACACUUGAGGAUAUGUGCACGGGCGAGCGACUUAUUGCCAAACAGUAUGAACGGUAUGUACAGGUUCAGCAGCGAGCCGUUACGGAACGGUUGGACGUAUUGCUGCACGUGUUACAUGCGCACAGUGAACUGUGUGAACGGAUCGAAAAAAGCAUCCUUGCGGAUCAGCAUCGAGCUUUGGCAAAAUCCGCCGGAGGUAUUGCUGCAAGUGUUCGCACUAAAACAAAAGCGCCUAACCACAAUCAAAGUGUUACAACAACCCAACAUGAUGCUUCCGAUUUAACUCAUCUCGCGCGCCGUUCGGCGUUCGCAUUCAGCUGUGCCCAGGUCGAGACGGCACUAGCGGAACGCUAUCUGCAAUCGUUGCCUUCGAUAUUGCUUGCGUACGGGCACGAGGAGCAACAGCACCAUCAGAAGAUGUCGAAGAUAUGGCAUCGGUUAGUGGUUAGCGAGUCUAGCAGGCUCGACUAAAACAUGCUCCAAACGCUUUUGGAACCAAGCGCAAACCAACGUUGUGAGAAUUAAGGAACAGGAAAUAAUGUUCGCGCGUACGAUAAAGGGGAAGAUUCGCUUUUCCUGUUGGUUAACAGUAGACUAUACUUGCAUGAAAUAGGAAAUGUAAUGGGAUUUGAAUAGGCGCGGGAUAGAGUGUACAAAAUUGAGCGGCUUUAGUUCUGUUUCGUGUUGACUUUGUUUCUCCGUAUGUUGAAAACAAAACAGUAAAGGACGAAUUUCAAUAUAAGCAUAAAGUUUUGGUACUGAUGUGAAACGUUUUGCACACAUUUGCCUGAUUAAUUAGGUACUUUUUCCUAGACUGUUGAUAACGUUAAAAUUAGAAAUAAACAAAACGGUAAGAAAAAAUUAAAAGCUCCAAAAUGGCAUUAUUAGUUCUUCAACUCAACGAUGGUUCGAAAGAAAUCGCCGGUUUUGAUUGCUUGCGGUGAGCUACCGUUAACGGUUCUAACGGGUAACUCAGUCAUGUUUUCUUGCGUUAGAGCUCACGUUUUAUGUUUUGCGCGGGCAUCGAACACAAACUAGAGAUGAGAAUAAAAACUUUUUUCAGUGAAUCAACUCAGAGUGAUUGAGUCGUUAUUAGGAGUCAGCUCGUUUAACG